AUGAUACCAACGGGCGAUGUUGGGGAGAACCUUUGCUUUUCCGACUUUAGCACACCCCUCACCGCGUAUAAUCCAACACGGUCUCCCGUUACCACCACCUAUAAUGAUGGCGAUGUUAAGACAUAUUACUCCCUCGACCAGUACGCUACAGACAACACUAACCUCUUUAGUAGCGGAACUAUAGCGGACACUCCAAUGAUUGUCUACUGGCAAGAAUCCGACCUCUCAAACUUCGAUGCCAAGUACGCGGCGACAAUAGCCGAUAAAUUCGAUAUCAACUUUACGCCAACAGCCGCCGCGGGCGUGACAGCUGAAACAGCAACACCGCCAAAUCGAAGCCAAGUCGCAUCUGCGACAUCGGAUUCUGAUCAAGGUGCUGAAAGGUCGGGUUCUCAGCUUGAUAGUGGAGCGAAACCGGGUAUAGGCGUGUGA